CUGGCGACCGAGCACUGGCAUGGAUACAUCUAGCGUCUCGGUUGUUACAAACUAGCGGCGAGGCACACAAAGUUGCCUUUACAAUUCCAGCAGGCGGGUGUGCAAAAUGGCCACACUGAGUGCCAAGCCAGGCCUGCGCCACAAUGUGUCCGACUGGGAGGCAAGGAACAAGCAACUGUCCCAGACCGCCGAGUACCAGCGCCAAGUGUCCCAAGAUGUCCGCCAGGAGGGAUUGGUUCUGCGCAAUGAGACCACCACUAAAACCAAAUGGGACGAGAGCGACAGCAGUCGCAGACUGACUGAUAGGAUUCAGGACAUCAGCCACUGGAAGAGCAAACUGGAGCAUUGUGCCCAGGAUGUCGAUAAAGAGAUGGAUGCUUUGACUCAGUCUAAAGAGGAGACGGAGCAGGCCUUGGCAGCCACAGCGCUGCCCCUGGAGGUCACCAUCGAGUGCCUGACGCUGUGGGAGGGCAGGCGCGGCGGGGAGCUGGUCAGCGACCCAGUGGAGGCCGAGCUGAAGAAGGACGUGGAGUUGAUUGACAGCUGCCAGCGCUCGCUGCAGCAGCGCAUUGAUCAGUCUUUCGAACAACUGUGCUUGUUACAGGAAGCGUGGCAUCAGGUGAACUCUGACCUCCAGAACAAGAGAGAUGCCCUGGAUGUGGACAUGUCCUGUCUGACCCUCACAGUGACCUCACCACAGAUCUCCCUGAAGCCCAAGCCCCUGAGGAUACCAUCCAGUACCAGCACUCCCCAGCAGUGGGAGAAGUUCAGCAUUUACAAUAUAGCAAGAGCUAAGGAGGAGAUGCAGGCCUCGCUGGCCCUGAGAGAGAACAUGAGCGUCACUCGGGCCCAGGUGCAGAAUGACAUGAGAGCCGAGGAGAUGGCUCUGGAGUUUGCCCUCCGCAAGCGCAAACACCACCUGCAGCAGUCCAGAGAUGAGCUUAGCUGGCAGUUGAGGACGACCCAGGACGAGAUCCAAGACCUUGAGAAGGACAUCCGUGGUCUGGAGACAGACCUGCACGCCAAACAGAACUUCCUGAAACUGACACACACACGUCUGGAGAACAGGUUCAAGAGACCUGGAGUGGACCUCUGCUGGGACGAGGUUCAGUUUGGGCUGGUGGAGGAGCUGAAGCAGCUGGAGAUGACCGUCCAGACCCUGCAGCAGAAGCUGGGCCAGGCUCGACACUCGCUGCAGGCCUUGCAGCAGCACGAGGCGUGCAUGCAGGAGGACCUGUCCCGCAAGGAUGAGGCCCUGGCCCUGAUGCAGAGGUGCCAGGAGGUCCGCAAGCGCAUCGCCGCGGCCAAGCCCAACCGCCGAGCCUCCGGGACCGUCGUUCCCCUCACCAACUCCAGCGGGAGGCAUGCCGUCACCAAGGCCUAAUGUCCACUUUCCCCUAAUUCACCUCGUAAUCUCCUCCCUGGCCCUUAACGAAAUCGUACGACUAAAGCUGGUGUGUGUAGCACUCAAAGCAAUAUAAGAGUAAUCCUAGAUGUCAAUACAAUCAUGUCACAAGUUCACAA